GUGAUCCUUCGGCAAUACUAUAUAUAAAAGGCGCCUCUUCAAUUUUUCCAUUUUAUAAACAGCCACGAUCAGCAUCAUGAAUACUUUAAUCGCCAUACUUUUCUGCGUGUCCGCAGUGUUUGCGCUUUCUCCACUGAAACCAGAGACAAAGACCAGCUUGACUUUGAAUAUUUACGGACCAAAUUCGGACGGUUCGUACAACUAUAAUUACGAGACCGGAAACGGCAUUCAUGUGCAAGAAGAAGGUCAGAUCGUGAAAACUGAAAAUGGCAAAGAAGACAUUGUUCAUGUUCAGGGAUCCUUCAGUUAUCCUAAUCCCGAUGGCAAAUCCGUUGCCCUGAGCUAUGUCGCCGACGAAAACGGUUUCCAGCCUAAGGGUGAUCAUCUGCCGACGACGCCUAAGAUCCCCUCCGGUAUCCUAAAAGCUUUGGAAUACAUCGCCCAGCAUCCCGAGGAGGACAACUUAUAAAAGGUUUAUUAUUAUGUUCAGAUCGUUAAUUAUUCAAAAUGUGUGAAUUCAAAAUUCUCAUUAAUUUAUAAUGUUGAAAAUUAAGUUCAUUGAAGUUACAUGUUUAUAUCACAAUCUUUAUGUUUCAUUUUCUAACAUUUACAUAUAUAUCAUACGAGUUUUGCAUAAGAUAAAUUCCUUUCGCGUUGCGAAGAAUGUCAUUUCAGAAUGCGAAAUUAGUACUAAUUAGUACUAUUGUGUUAAUUAAGAAAUCCUGCAGCGCGUGCAAAGAAUCAUUGCGACGACAAUGUUUAUAUUAAGUAUUGCUCCUAGAGAUGAAAUAAAAAUGCUGAAAAUUUAGUUACGCGUUUUUAUUCGAUGGAGAGAUUUUAUUCAUUCGAUUUUAUUGUGCCAUAAACGCAUCAUGGAUGUUUCGUUUAUUAAAACAUCAAAUAGCUCGUGAUUUGAAUACAUCGAUGAAAUGAAUUCGGUUGGCUAGUUCGCGGAUGACACGAAGCGAUAUUUAAUAACGGGCCGCAUGUGUAGAUGACGUAAUAAUGAACGUGGCGAAAUAGUGGGAGACUUUGACAUAAUUGUCAGCG